AUGUCGGACUUCUUCCGCCGAGCAUCUGACGCUCUCCAACAUCGCACUCGUCAGGAUUCAACAAGCUCCACUAGCUCCACAGAGGGGGCCAUUGAUUCCAGCGCUGCUAAAGCCCCUGAUCAACCACUGAAUCAACAGGCCCAGACAGCUCAGCCUCAGCCUCAGACUCAUGCAUACCCCAAUGAAUCAUUCUCUUCAACGGCACCUGGUAUUGUAUGCACAUGUGUUAAUGAAAUCAUCUUAGAAAACAUAGCCAAUCCAAAGCCGCGCCGCCUUUGGGGCUGGAAACACGACCAAGAGAACAAGACUGACCCGAAGCAGAUCCCAGCCCAGAAAAAGGAUGAUACUGACUGGAUUUUUGGAACUUAA